GUCGCCCAGCUACAAGCGAUGCUCGACGCCGACGCCGACGAAGACCAAGCACCUCUGGCAGCCCCUGCUGCUGGUGAGCCUGCGCUGCGGCACCCCCGCCAGAUCCGGCACCGAAUGCGGCGCCCGAGGCAGACCGCAACGGCGACGGCCUCUCAAGCGGACGCGCUUCCUGCAGCCCCCUGCCGCGUUCGUGGACUUCGCCGCGUCUCUGUUCGCGGACGCUGCGCUCCCUGCCCCCGUGCGGUCGCGCAUCUCCGAGCGGGCAGACGUCGAGACACAUCUUUACGCAGAGACUGUUCUGACCUCCGUGCUGCAGCACGAUGCCGACAUUUUCGGAUGGAUUACGCUCAUGCGCGUGGCGCCUCGGCGCCGCGUGGUGCUCGCCUUCGCGAAAUGGGUCUCUUCCCGCGCCGCCGUUUUCACGAUGCAGAACGCCACGGACGUGGUUCACCACUUGAGUCAGCGCUUCAAGCCCGGGGAGUCGCGGUUCGAUACCCGCCACCUUGUCGGCGGGUCGGCCGUGCUGCAGGAGCUCGUCAACGAUGGCGCCAGUGUGGCUGCCGUGCGCCAUUUCGUGGACAAGUUCACCGUGUCGCCGCAUGCCGCCCGGGGCCCCAGUGCCCUCCACGAACUGCUGGAGCUGGAGUCGCGGAAACCGAAACUCGCGCACCUCCACGCUGGGUGCAAAUACCUACGGGGGCACACGGCUCGACAGCUCUUCCUCCGCACGCUCCGCCGCGACAGCCGCUGCACGUGGGGCAAGCCUGACUGGGGCGUCAUCGGCGAGCUCCUCCCGGGGACCGCCGACGGCGCCGCCGAGGUCGGAAUCGUCGGGCACGACGACGCAGUCCGAGCAAUCACCGACGUCAGCUCCACGUUCGGCGAGGUCCCGCCGCUGACGUUGGCCGACCUCAGCAUGGCCCUCUGUUUGCGCCCUCGGGCGCCGCGGCCUCACAUCGACCACGCUGUCCCGUUGGAGUUGCCUGAGUAG